AAAGUCCAUGGUACUUUGAUAAAAAUUAAUUUUCAGGUGUGAAUUUUCAAAGGCAAAGGAGCUUUUAUUGAAACUCAGAAGUAUCAAGUUUUACUUAAUCCGAGACGAAAAGUCUUAAAAUGAAUUCCGACACUGAAAACGAAAACGAUGAACUAUCAACAAUUUCUUUUUCGUCUUCAUCAACUUCGUUCACGUAUAAUAACGUCGAAAUGAACUCUGAAGAAGAAGAUCAAGUUGAUAUGCCGUUCAUUAGAUCAUUAACAACUUCAUCUUCAAAUUUAUCAACUGACAAUGAGUCUUUAUCAAUUUCAAGAUCAAAUUCUUUUACCAACUCACCUGGACUAGACCAAAUUUCUUCGUCUUCUGAAUCACUUUCUACAUCAGAAUCGACAACAGAAGAAGAACAUUCAUUUGCUACAUCAUCUGAAUCCCUUUUUUCAUCAGAGUCAUCUACAGCAACGUUUAAUGAUACUGAUGAUGAUAAUUGUGAUAAUGAUAACAUGGUAGAUUGGCUCGGUCUUCCAAUUUAUUCUCAAGCUACCCUAAAUAUUGGUGACGCGUUGUGUCGAAUUUUAAAGAUUUAUGUUAAUAACCGGUUGACAAAAAAAGCUUUAGAAGAUUUAUUGGAAACAAUAAAUUUUCUUUUGCCUGAAAACCACAUAAUACCAAAAACAAAACAUAAAUUACUGACAUUAAUUGAUAGGAUAUUACCACACUCACAAUCAAAUUUUUCUGUGAAGCACAGAAUUUGUUCUGAAUGUCAUAAUUAUUUGGGAAAAUGGGAUGAAGUUCAAAUAGAGCAGUGUACUCGUUGCAAUAGCGAAAUAGUAAACAGUUUCUUUCUAGAAUUCGAUAUAGAAUCAAAAUUACGAAAUGCUUUCGAAAUUAUGGACCUUAGUACUUUGAUCGACCUUUUCGAAGCUGAAUGCGCGACUAGAAACCCCCAAAAAAUAUACGAUUUAACGUCUGGAUCCGAAUUUCGACGAUUAAAAACCACUGCUAUACCUGGCCAAUAUGACUUGUGCCUAAUUUGGUAUACUGAUGGAGUGCAAGUCUCCAAAAGUGGUAAAAGUCAAAUGUGGCCAGUAUAUGCCCAGGUUGUAAAUAUACAUCCGAAAUUUCGAAGAAAUUUCCAGUUUGUAUGUGGCCUUUUUUAUUCUAAUAGAAAGAAUGAAAAACCAGACAUGAACUCCUUUUUGCAUCCUUUUGCAGAUACCUUAAGACGUUUAUUUAGAAAUGGACUUUCAUGGUUUAAUCGGACGUUGAACGAAAUAACUAUAAGUAGAGUUAUUGCUCCUGUUGCAAGUCUAGAUUCUCCAGCAAGAGCAUCUACUCAGGUUGUAAUGCUUCAUACUGGGGAAUAUAGCUGUGCAAAUUGCGAAGCUAAAGGGGAAAGUUCUGUAGUCGGUGCCGGCACAAACUGGGUUUUUCCAAUGGAUCCAGAAAAUAGUCCCUUAAGGUCGGCCGAACGAAUGCAAAUACAAACAGAAAUUGUUGAGAGAUUUGUCAAUUUGAAAAACUUUCGGGGAGUCAAAGGAAGGUCUAUUGUUACUAAUAUACCUUUUUUCGAUAGGUCAAUAGGUUUUCCUCCUGACUAUAUGCAUUGAGUUCUGCUUGGUGUUAUGCUAGCAUUGAUUAAUCUGUGGUGCAAUUCGAGUAGUCAUGAUAAGGUUUAUUAUUUAUCAAAAGAAGUUCGAGAUGCUAUUGAUAAAAUACUUGAAUCGAUUGCACCACCGGAUAACAUUACGCGCACACCAAGAAAACUAAGCCAAAUUAAUGACUGGAAGGCCUCAGAACUUAGGGCAUUUCUUGUUUACUAUGGACCUGUAGUUUUGAAGAAUCGUCUAAAUGAUGAAUAUUACGAACAUUUUUUAUUGUUGUCUCGCGGAAUUCAAAUAUUAUCAGCAGAAGAAAUUGAUUCAACCGAACUAGAUUUCGCACAUACGCUUUUAAAUAUUUUCGUGAUUGAUUUCGAGUUUUUGUAUGGUCGUAAUAAAUGUUCAUCGAAUCUUCAUCAGUUGCUACAUCUGAAACCUCAUGUUAAAAGGUGGGGUCCACUCUGGGUUUGGUCGGCUUUCACAUCUGAGGAUCAGAAUGGAGAGCUAGUAAAAAUGUCUCACGGUUCUAACAAAAUAGACGUUGAAUUGUCUAACACUAUGAGGAUUUUAGAAGCUUAUCAGAAUAUUAAAUAUCUAAUGAAUCCACAGAGACUUCUUAACAACACUGAAACUUGCACACAUGGACCACACACCAGACAUUAUUUCACGAACAAUGACCGUAGAGCAAUAUGUAAUGCAAUGAAUCUCACAAUUGAAGAAUUACAUGAAUCAGGUUAUCAGAUUUUUCAAAGAUGCAAAAAAAGAGACGAAAUUUUUACUUCUGAGUUAUAUACUCCACAAAAAAGCGUACAAAUUUCCAUGUGCAAUGGAAAGAAAAUGAAAUAGAUUUUUUCGGAGUUAUCAAAUACUUUUUGAAAUUGAAUGGAAAUUUGUAUGCAGUUUUACGUCAACUUUUAGAGACUAAAGAUAAAAAUCAAGAAAUCCGAAAUAGAGAAAUUCAAUUUAACAUGAAUAGCAAUAUAAAACACAUACGUGAUUCAUAUUGUAUCCAUGUUAUUCCAGUAAAUCGAAUAUAUUCAAAAGUAUUAAGAGUAGAAAACUUUAUUUGCAUCUUUGUAAACAACGUAGAAAGGAAGUAACAUCAAUCAUUGCUCACGUUUGUAAUUAGCUUUUCG